AUGACUGGCGCUGCCGAAGUCGCCCACGGGCCAAUUCUCAUCGGUCUGAUGUUCAAUACCUUACUGUUGGGGGUGGUAAUAGCGCAAGUAUAUAUCUAUAUGACGACGUAUCAAAAGGAUAGGCUAUGGAUGAAGGCUUACGUUAUCUUCUUAUUCCUGACCAAUCUACUCAACUCUGCCUUUAUAAUGGCGUACACGUACAUCUCGUUGAUCAAGCAUUUCGAUGACGUUCCUUACCUAUACAACGCAACCUGGCUAUUCUCCACUGACCCCGCCUUGACGGGCAUCAUCGCCGGCGCCGUACAACUAUUCUUCGCAUGGCGCGUCAAAGUCCUCACAUCGAACUGGUAUCUCGGUGCCCUCGUCGCUAUCUUAGCCCUGACGGGCGUUGGUUCCUCCAUCGUAGUAGCCAUCAAGUCCGAGGCCGUUGGCGCCUUCACGAGAUUCCAAGAAUUCAAAUCGAUCGUAGUCGUAUGGCUCGUCUCCGCGUGCGUGGGGGAUUUCACCAUCACUGCCAUUUUGGUGUGGUAUCUGAGGAAGCACAAGACGGGUUUCCAAGGCUCGGAUGAAUUGGUUGAUAGAAUUAUCCGAGCGACGGUCCAAACUGGUUUGAUCACGAGUAUCAUGGCUAUCAUCGAUCUGAUUGUCUACUUGGUCGAUUCAUCGGGCUUACAUCUGUUGUUCAACUUGACCCUUGCGAGACUAUACACCAACACCCUCAUGAGCUCGCUCAACUCUCGCUCUGGAUGGUCAUAUUCGAACUCUAAUCCGGACUCUCAUUCACAGAGCGGGCUGGUUAGCACUUCGGGAGUCAUUGGGUCCGGGUCGAGGGGGAGGAAAGGGACAGGAACCGUCACGCGUCCCGAGGUGUUCGUGCACGUCGAACAGCACGAGUUGGGGGAUAUACGCUCACCUGGGGUCGUGUCACCGAGAUUCGUCAUCGAAGAUAUGAAUAAAGGGCAGGACGGGGGGGAUGAGAGUUCGCUGAAAAGGAUGGAGGACGAUUCGGUCUGGGAAGAUGGCGCAAAAAGGAACGGCACAAUUGUAUAG